AUGUCGUGCACUGCUGGUAUGGCCUGGGCUUACCCUGUGAACAACACCAGAUCCGAAGCCGAGCUGGCCAUCAACAUCAGGAAAGCCACCAACAAUGACGAGACCGCCCCGAAACGCAAGCAUGUGCGCAGCUGCAUUGUCUAUACCUGGGACCACAAGUCCUCCCAGUCCUUCUGGGGCGGCAUGAAAGUGCAACCCAUUCUCGCCGAUGAGGUGCAGACCUUCAAGGCCCUGAUCACCAUACACCGAGUUCUGCAGGAAGGCCACCCCCAAACCCUACGAGAGGCCAUGGCAAAUCGAGGUUGGAUCGACAGUUUGAAUCGAGGUAUGGCUGGCGAAGGCGUUCGCGGUUACGGCCCCCUCAUUAAAGAAUAUGUCUACUUCCUGCUCGCGAAGCUCUCCUUCCACCAACAACACCCCGAGUUCAACGGAACAUUCGAGUAUGAGGAGUACAUCAGCUUGAAGGCCAUCAACGACCCCAACGAAGGCUACGAGACCAUCACCGACCUCAUGGCCCUGCAGGACAAGAUUGAGCAGUUCCAGAAACUCAUCUUCUCCCAUUUCCGAAGCGUGGGAAACAACGAGUGCAGGAUCUCGGCCAUCGUGCCCCUGGUUGCAGAGAGUUAUGGAAUAUACAAGUUCAUCACAAGCAUGCUGCGUGCUAUGCACUCCACAACGGGCGACAACGACGCCUUGGAACCUCUCAGACAACGAUACGAUGCGCAACACUACCGACUAGUCAAGUUCUACUAUGAAUGUUCAAACCUCCGCUAUUUGACGAGCUUAAUCACAAUUCCCAAACUGCCUCAGGAUCCCCCGAAUCUGCUAGCCGAAGAUGAGAACGCUCCGAAAUUGCCAGCUCGGCCCAAGCAGGAGAUCGAGCGUCAACCAACACCGGCCCGCCAGCCCAAGUCCGAAGAACCCGAUGAGAUUGCCGAAUUCUGGCAAGGCGAGAUCGACCGACAGAACAAGGAGUACGAGGAGCAGCAACGAGUGUUGCAGGAGCGCCAGCAGGCUGCUAUACGUGCACAGCAGGAAGCUCAGAUGAACGCCCAACGAGACUUUGAGGAGCAACAGCGACGCUUAGCAGAGCAACAACAAAUGGAGCAACAAGCCCUGAUGAACCAGCAAUACCAGAUGCAGACGCAGGGCAGGCUAGCCGAGCUCGAACAGGAGAACCUGAAUGCAAGAGCACAGUAUGAGCGCGAUCAACUGAUGCUGCAACAAUACGACCAACGUGUCAAAGGCCUCGAGGGAGAGUUGGCGCAGAUCCAGAACAGCUACGGGCAGCAAAUCGGCAGCAAGGACGAUCAGAUCCGAGCGCUCCAGGAGCAGGUUAAUACAUGGCGGACGAAAUAUGAAGCUCUGGCGAAGCUUUAUUCGCAAUUACGACACGAGCACCUCGAUCUUCUCCAGAAGUUCAAGUCUGUUCAGCUGAAGGCGGCGUCGGCUCAAGAAGCGAUAGACAGGCGAGAAAAGCUCGAACGUGAGAUAAAGACCAAGAACCUGGAGCUUGCAGACAUGAUCCGGGAACGGGACCGGGCGAUGCAUGAUCGAGACCGGUUGACUGGCAGCAACAAGGAUGAACUUGAAAAAUUGAAGCGAGAGAAGCGCAUGGCGAACGACCGAGCUGACAACCUCGAGCGAAGCAAAGGAAAUGAGUUGUCGACCAUGCUUUCCAAGUACAACCGUGAAAUGGCAGAUCUCGAAGAGGCUCUACGAACCAAGUCGCGUGCGUUGGACGAAGCACAGGCGAAACUGCGAGACGGCAGCUCAGAUCUCGAGCAACUGCUCCGUGACAAGGAGGAAGAGCUCGAGGUCUACAAGGCUGGCAUGGACCAGACCUUGAUUGAAUUGAACGAGCUGAAACUCAACCAUGGUGAUACGGACAACGUCAUGGACGAUCAAAUCGAUGCUCUGAUCAUGUCCAACCUGGACAAGAUCAACGAGAUCAUCGAUUCGGUGUUACAAGCAGGUGUGGCUCGGGUCGAUGAUGCGUUGUACGAGCUUGACUCGACUAUGCAGGCUGGAAACCAGAACGCGUCACCAGCCUACGUGUUGUCGCAGAUUGAGAAAGCUUCGGCAAAUGCCAUGGACUUUGCGACCUCGUUCAACAAUUUCAUCGCGGAUGGGCCCAACGCCACUCAUGCCGACCUCAUCAAGGCUAUCAACGUCUUCGCAGGGGCCACAGCGGAUGUGUGCAGCAACACGAAGGGUCUAACUCGCCUCGCUACUGACGAGAAGAAGGGUGACCAGCUCAUGAAUGGUGCUCGCACAGCUGCCCAGUCCGCCGUCAAGUUCUUGCGUGGUCUUCAGAGCUUCCGCCUGGAGGGAAUGGACCCUAUCCAGAAGACCGAUGUGGUCAUUAAUAACAACAACGAUGUUCAGAUGAACCUGCAGAAGCUAAACAAACUUGUUGAGACAUUUGCACCGGGCUUCGGCCAACUGACAAAGAACAAAGGCGAUAUUGGUGACCUGGUCGACAGCGAGCUCAGCAAAGCAGCAGAUGCAAUUGCUGCUGCUGCUGCCCGCCUUGCCAAGCUCAAGAACAAGCCUCGUGAUGGCUACUCGACGUACGAGCUCAAGGUCAAUGAUACAAUCCUGGAUGCAGCCUUGGCCAUCACAGACGCCAUUGCGCGACUCAUCAAGGCAGCAACGGCUACUCAGCAGGAGAUUGUUCAAGCUGGUCGGGGGUCUUCGACGAGGACGGCAUUCUACAAGAAGAAUAACCGAUGGACCGAAGGUCUCAUCUCUGCUGCGAAGGCCGUCGCUUCGUCGACCAACACACUCAUCGAGACCGCCGAUGGUGUCAUAUCGGGCCGCAACAGUCCCGAGCAGCUCAUCGUUGCGUCGAACGAUGUGGCUGCCUCGACGGCUCAGCUUGUCGCGGCCAGCCGUGUCAAGGCCGGCUUCAUGAGCAAGAGCCAAGAGAACCUCGAGCAAGCCAGCAAGGCAGUCGGCGCCGCUUGCCGGUCUCUGGUCCGACAGGUCCAAGCUAUGAUCAAGGACAGGAACCAAGAAGACGAAGCCGUCGACUACUCGAAGCUAGGCCACCACGAGUUCAAGGUUAGGGAAAUGGAGCAGCAGGUCGAAAUUCUCCAGCUUGAGAACAACCUCUCGGCAGCGAGACGCCGUUUGGGCGAGAUGCGCAAGAUCUCAUACCAGGAGGAUUAG